AUGAAUUCGUUUUCAAAUGUACCUCCUGGCUUCAGAUUUCAUCCAACUGAUGAAGAACUUGUAGACUACUACCUAAGGAAAAAAGUUGCAUCCAAGAAAAUAGAAAUCGACUUCAUCAAGGACGUUGAUCUUUACAAGAUUGAGCCAUGGGACCUUCAAGAGUUAUGCAAAAUUGGAAACGAGGAGCAGAGUGAAUGGUACUUCUUUAGCCACAAAGACAAGAAGUAUCCCACAGGAACUCGAACCAAUAGAGCGACGAAAGCAGGAUUCUGGAAAGCCACCGGAAGAGACAAGGCUAUAUAUUUAAGACAUAGUCUUAUCGGUAUGAGGAAGACACUUGUGUUUUACAAAGGAAGAGCCCCAAAUGGACAGAAAUCGGAUUGGAUCAUGCACGAAUAUCGCUUAGAAACAAAUGAAAAUGGAACCUCUCAGGAAGAAGGGUGGGGGGUAUGUAGAGUUUUCAAGAAGAGAUUGGCUGCGACAGUGAGGAGAAUGGGAGAUUACGAUUCUUCGGCAUCGCAUUGGUACGAUGAUCAGCUCUCUUACAUGGCCUCCGAGAUCGAUUCCAACACUCCACGCAGGAUUCUUCCCAAUCACCAUCAUCAUUAUAACCGCCACCUUAACCAUCACCAGCAGCCUUAUGGCCUCAAUGCGUCUUCAGGUUAUGCAAUCAACAACAACCCUAACUUGCGUUGCAAGCAAGAGCUUGAGCUACAUUACAACCAUAUGGUACAACAUCAACAACAAAACCAACAUCUUCAUGAAUCUAUGUUUCUUCAGCUUCCGCAGCUAGAAAGUCCUAACAGUAAUUGCACCUCUCUACCUUAUGGAUCAAGCAACAACAAUAAUAACACAAGACAUAUUGGUAACACGCAGCAAUCAUCAAAUCAAGAAAAACAAUUGCAACAAGGGAAUCAAAGUUUUAGCUCUCUUUAUUACGAUCAAGGAUUGGAACAAGUUACUACGGAUUGGCGAGUUCUUGAUAAGUUUGUUGCUUCACAGCUAAGCAACGAGGAGGUUGCAGCCGCGGCUUCUGCUUCUACUUCUGCUUCUACUCAUCAAAACAACACCAAUACCGACGUGAGAAACACUGGUUAUCAAGUGGAAGACGAGAGAAUGAAUUUGUUGGAGAAUGAUACGGAAAGAGUUGUUGAAAUGAGAGAAGAGUAUGCAAAUGCUCAUGCUCCUUCUACUUCUUCGAGUUGUCAGAUUGAUCUCUGGAAAUAG